UUCGAAUCUUUCCACGUAUGACCCGUACUUUGUUCUGUGAACCUCGAUCUUGACUGCUUGUUAUCGACCUUACACCUGUCGUUUAUACAGGAAUUGAAUGAGACUUACUGAAGUAGUCAGAUGAAUCCACCAAAUGUCUCAAUAUGUUUGAACUUUCUCUUGCCAAGUAGUAUGUUGGGGGUUCAGUUACAUCCCUCCCUGGAGAUUCAAAUCGAUAACAAUGAACUGAUCAUAUCUUUCGAGGUAACAGCUUUAUUCACUCCAAUAGAACCAAGCUUAGCUAAAGAAACUUUAUCCCUGCUCUUCAGCAACGACACAAAUCUCCCAAAGUACACGAAACUUGAGAGUCAAAGUCUACUAGAACUCAUCAAUUUAUGCUUAACAACAUAUUUCCAAUUCAACAAAUCUACGAACAAACGAAAGAAACACUAAUAUCAAGACUUAUCGCAGAAGACGUGAUGCAGAGACUAGAAGUAUAGAUUUUACCAGUGAGUGAGUUCACUAUGUAGACGACAUAUUUGUCAUUAUUAAAAGGAACGAGAUGGAGAACAUUUAAAAUCGAGUCAACAAUGUCUUUGAUGACAUAAAAUUUACAAUGGAAAAGGAAUC